AUGGUUAAGAUGUGCACCGUCCCCAAUAGCCCAACCUGGGCUAUUGUAAUCGUGUUCUUGGCACUGAUUGGCACCCCAGCUUAUAGCAUCUCUUGUGCGAAUGCCAUGGCUAAGUUGUUCCCUUGUCAGACUUUUCUGAAGGGUUCUGGUGCCAACAGUGCUCCUUGCUGUGCAGGCCUCAAAUCAUUGCAAGAAUUAGCUUCAUCCGAAUCAUCGACUAGAUUUAUCUGCCGGUGUCUCAAGCAAGCGAUCUCCACGGGGCUUAGUGACUCAAUGCUGGAGAAUGCUAAGCUCCUUCCCCAGCUUUGCAAAAUUAAUUUUCCAUUGGUCUUUGAUCCUGCUAUGAAUUGUAACAAGUUCGGAAUGGCAUAUGAAUCCUUGAACUGGAAUAGUUAUUACAACGUAAAGGAGACCAGUCCUGGUAGAAGUCCGGGGAUGGGCCAUGAUACUCCUCCUCCUGGAAGGGAGAAGACUAAUUAA